AUGGGGCUACCGAGGCGGCACUGCUGCCAGCUAGCCGUGCUCGGCGUGCUGCUAGUGACUGCAGCGGUGGGUAUUCGUGCGGACCCAGAGCUGGAUUCCUCCUGCGCCGGCCAGGAUUACGUGCAGGUGCCACACCCGAAGAACUGCCAUGAGUACCUCGUCUGCUGCGAUGGCAAGGCCGUGUCGUACGAGUGCCUCAAGCAGCGUGAGGGCGACAGCACGCCCAAUCCUGGCUACGGCACAGCGCAGCGGGUGUCGUACUACAACGCCUUCAGCGGCAAAUGCGAACGGUUUGACGAGACCGGCAAGGCGCCCGGCGCCGUGUGCGGCAACGGCAACCCCAAUGCGGGACCCAUCACCAGCGACUGGGCUGACUCGGUCUGCACCGCGAAGGAGUCGUACGAAGCCACCCUCGCCGCCUCCCCCGGCAAUGAGAGCUUGGCGGAGGUGGCCGCCAUCAAGUCCGUCAGGGGCAAGGGCUUCGGCCGCGCCUCCAAGGCCGAGGCCGGCACGCCCCGCGUGCCGGGCGCCGCCCGCGCGGCUGUGGUGGUGCUGAGCUCGGUCAACGCGACCGCCGAGGUCUUCGCAGAGGCCGGGAAGGAGCCCGGCAAGGGCGGCGACAGCCCUGCCGGGCGCCGCAGGGCGCUGCUCCAAGCGCCCGGCAACGACAUUGGAGCAUACGAGCUCAUCAUCAACCCGACCCUGGGGCGCUCCUCCACAGGGACCCUCGCCAUCCACGCCGUCUUCAUCCCUACCACCACCAAGGUCCUGCUGUGGGGCCGCUACCAGCCCGCCUACGAGCCCGGCAUGUUCACGGAUGGCACCCCCGAGGUGUCGGCUGUCUACGAUUUCGCAGCCGGGACAUACGUCAAGGCGCCCAUGAGGAUCGCACCCUUCUGCUCAGGCCACUCCCAUCUGUCCGACGGCACCAUCGUCGCGGGCGGCGGCGACUGGGCCAACAGCGGGUUCCUGCUGGAGGGGCGCUACGCCGUGCGCACCUGGGACAAGGACGGCACCGCCUGGACUGUCCGGCCCGAGGGGCUUGCAUACCCUCACUGGUACCCCACCCAGCUGACGCUGCCCGACGACCGAGUGCUCCACGUGGGCGGCUACGCGUCAGAGGCCGACCCCCCAGUGCCCGCGAUCGAGAUCUGGGAUGGCCGCGUGAAACGCGUCACCACCAUCUACCCAGAGCCCUUCCUUCUGCAGCUUGGCGGCCUCAAUCUGUAUCCCACUACCAAGCUGCUCCCCUGGACCAAUGCUGCUGGCAACAACCUCUUCUUUGUCUUUGCAUGCAACCAGGGCCGCGUCAUGCAGCUCGACCAGAGCAACAACCUCAAGACCCUCUACGCGACCCCGGCCUGGCCGACUCCCGCGUUCUGCUCUGCCUUCUCCGCCCUGGGCACCGCCACCAUCCUGCGCCUGGACGCAGACAAGGGCUACGCACCAGAGCUGGCCAUGUGGGGUGGCUCCGGCGGCGAUGCUGGCAACUGCGCCUGCGACUUGCCCGCCAACGACAACGCAUACCGGCUUGACCUGGGUCAGGCCGCAGUGACAGGCGGCACCUGGGCGUGGCAGGCCGAGAAGAUGCCUGGGGGCCGCAACAUGGUGGACAACGUGCUGCUGCCCAAUGGCAAGGUCCUGCUGGUCAAUGGCGCCCGCUUCGGCAACAGCAACGGCGGCGGGCCCCUGGGCGGCAGCCAGGCGCGCAGCCCUGUCUAUGAGGCAUGGCUGUACGACCCCUACGCCCCAGCCGGCGCGCGCUUCAAGGUGAUGGCCGCGACCAACAUCAAGAGGCUCUACCACAGCGUGGCCAUGCUCAUGCCGGACGGCGACGUCCUGGUCAUGGGGUCAGAGCAGGACGAGUGUGUCUCCACCUGCUUUGUGCCGGCCAAGAACCUCCAGCAGUUCCAGGCCGAGCGCUUCCGCCUCCCCUACAGCUUUGAGCCGCUCUUCAGCCAGCGCGCCACCAUCACCGGCAAGUCGGCGGAGGCGGUCGCGAUGGGGGCGCCGCUGACGAUCACAUUCACCGGCGCGGUCACCCAUGCCGUCAUCGCCGCCCCCGCUGCGGUCACGCAUCAGACGAAUAUGGACCAGCGGCUGAUCAAGCUGGCCACCACCGCCAACGCCGGCGGCAGCAUCACCGUCACCAUGCCGCCACCUGGGGGCUUGGUCGCGAGCGCCGGGUGGUACAUGCUGUUCCUUAUGAACGGAGACCUGCCCUGCAAGACUGCCACGUGGGUCCGCCUCACCAACGCCGCCCCGGUCCCAGCCGCCCCCAGCCGCGCGUCGCCCGGCGGCCUCCUGCCCGCCACCUCCUCGACCUUUGAGGCCGGCGCGGGCGGCGCCGUCUUUGCUGGCGGCGCGUACCUCGGGGCUGCAGCGACGUUUGACUUUGCUGCUGGGGGCGCAGCUGCUUACUCGGGCGUGGCAGGGGCGUCUGUCACAGUCACAACGCCCGGGACCGCCACGUGGCACGUCCAGGUGUUUGGCCCCUACGUCCCGCUGUCGCCCACGAAGCAGUACACCGCCCAGUUCCAGAUCCGCGCCAGCGCCGUGACGCGCGUGACGGUGACGUGGCUGCGGGACGGCGACUUCCUGCCCUUUGGGACGACCUCCAUGCAGGUUGACACCGUCUUCAAGGACUUCAGGUGGGGCCUUUAA